AUGGGAUUUCAUCAAUCAAAGGCAGAUCCUUCUCUGUUUAUCAAUGGAAAUGGUAUGAAUUUUUUGGCCAUUCUCGUAUAUGUGGAUGACAUCUUUGUCAGUAGCCCAUCCAUUAGCCUCAUUCGAGAACUCAAAACAUAUCUUGAUGACACAUUCAAGAUCAAAGACUUGAGCAAUCAUGGCUAUUUUCUUGGUAUUGAAGCUCAUAUGACUAGUACAUGCUUGAAUUUAUGUCAGCAUAAAUUUGCUUUAGACAUUCUAAUAGAGGCUGGAUUUCUUGACUCUAAACCGGUUAGCACCCCCAUGGUCUCAGGACACCGGUUAGACAAAGAUGGUGGUGAAGCAGUAACUGAUGUCGCAAGUUAUAGAAGGUUGAUAGUUCAUCUGCUUUACCUCACGGCAACUCGACCUGAGAUAUCUUUUGCUGUGCAACAACUAAGUCAAUUCGUUGAUUCCCCUACCAAUGGACACAUGUCUUCUACUCACAGAGUGUUACGCUACAUCAAAGCUACACCCGGCCAAGGUAUUUUCUACCCACAGAAUGGAGACAUGCAGCUCAAUGUGUUCUCUGACUCGGAUUGGGCGACUUGUUCGACAACACGUAAGUCAAUCACAAGCUUUUGUGUUUUCCUAGACUCAGCUCUUAUCUCAUGGAGAUCAAAGAAGCAAGCUACGGUUUCUCGUUCGUCAUCCGAAGCAGAAUAUCGUGCUCUUGCUGCUGUAGUUUGUGAAGUGCAAUGGCUCAACUAUCUCCUCAAAGACUUGCAAGUAGAACUGAGUAGACCUACCGCUGUCUUCUGUGAUAAUAAAUCCGUUGUUGCCAUCGCCGAAAACUCUGUAUUUCAUGAGACAACCAAGCAUAUAGAAAUAGAUUGUCAUAUUAUUCGGGAGAAGUUAACGCAAGGUCUUGUUAAACUCCUGUCCAUCUCUUCCUCAAACCAAGUUGCCGAUGGUUUCACUAAGGCUCUUCCUACGGCACAAUUUCACUUGUUCCUCUCUAAGCUGGGCAUUCAAGACCUACACGCUCCAGCUUACAGGGGGUAUUGGAGCAUGCAACACGUGGAGAAGCUCACCAAGUUGAGGGGCAGUGGAGUAAAAUAG